AGAGCUGCGGAUUUAAAAAGCCGUCUGUGUACGGCAGUCAACACGGACACACACACUCGGAGCUCGAUUUUUAAUGAAGUGAGAGGUGGUGUCUUCUCACAUUUUAGGAAUAAUGUGUUCGUAAUUGUUCUGGAAGAGAUCUUCUAAGAAUUUUUAAGGAUUUUCGAAGAAAGAAAAAUAACAAGAAAUCUGAUCCGAAGGAAAAGAAAUAUUAAGAAAACAGUGAAUAAGCAUGGCAAUGGAUUUGUCGAAAUUUCACACAGCAGCACUUGUCGCCCUCGUUGUUAUCUGUUACAAGAAUUCUUUAAAUGGAGAAUUAGUGUUCGAUGAUCUUCCUGCAAUCAGAGACAACAGAGAUAUUCGACCUCACACCCCACUCUCCAAUCUUUUACAAAAUGAUUUCUGGGGAACACCCAUCAGAAAGGAGAAAAGUCACAAAUCUUACCGUCCGCUAACAGUUCUGAGUUUCCGCCUCAACUAUGCCGUCCACGGUCUGCAUCCCUUCGGAUACCACUUCGUCAAUCUUCUGCUGCACUCCUGCGUUUGCAUUCUUUUCUACAAAUUGUGCCUGAUGUUCUUACCCGUGACCUCUAGUUUGGUGUCCAGCGCUCUGUUUGCUGUCCAUCCCAUCCAUACAGAGGCCGUAAGCGGAAUCGUUGGGAGAGCGGAACUUCUCUCGGCAGUAGCCUUCCUCGGUGCCUUAUUGUUCUACAUUCAAAACAGAUAUCAAAACAAAAACAGCGCUUGGCGAGAUUGUUGUGUGUCGUCAGUAUUAGCAGUACUUGGACUGUUAUGUAAGGAACAGGGUGUCACCGCCUUGGCAAUCUGCUGUGCAUAUGAAUUAUCACUGAGUAAGAACUUGGGUCACGUUCAGAGUAUCCGACACCUGAUGCUGGGUCGUGGAGUGGUGACUCCUUGGUUAAGGGACAAGAUUCUGCGACUCUUUCUCUUGAGCAGUUUCUUAGUUGUCAUAAUCUUCUUUAGGUGGCGACACAUGGGUCACAAAGUGCCCGUUUUUAGUAGGUUUGAUAAUCCAGUGGCUGUAUCUGCUACUCCAACGCGGCAGCUGACCUACAACUAUCUCCUUUCUGUAAAUACAUGGCUGCUCUUGUUCCCUUGGCAUCUCUGCUGUGAUUGGACGAUGUCCACCAUUCCUUUGGUCACUUCCAUCUGGGACAUUAGGAAUGUGGCCACACUCUUUCUGUACGCAGGAGUCUUUCAUAUUGUACGCAGUCUAUUCAAGAUGGAAGAGGACGCAAGAAUGGCGGCUGUCAUGGGGCUGUCACUGCUGGUUUUUCCUUUCCUACCAGCGAGUAAUCUAUUCUUUCCCGUUGGUUUUGUGGUGGCUGAGAGGAUCCUCUAUAUUCCAAGCAUGGGAUUCUGCAUCCUGGUGGGACAGGGGUGGCAGGCCAUCGUCGAAAGGAGCAAGAACUCUAGAUGGAUUGGUCUUUUCAGUUUGAUUCUUUUACUUGCAUUCAACAUCCUAAAAGUAAUUGGAAGGAAUAAUGACUGGCAAUCUGAAUAUAGUUUGUACAAAUCAGCUUUAGCAGUAAACCAACGGAAUGGUAAGCUCUACAACAACAUGGGUCAAGUGUAUGAAUCUAUGAAUCGGUACGAAGAAGCACUACAGCAUUACAGAACUGCCAUGAACAUUGAAUCAUCUGAUACAAGAAGUUAUCUAAAUGCUGGUCGUAUUUUAACACUUCUUCGUCGAUACGGUGAAGCAGAGGACAUCUAUCGUCAGGCGAAGACAUUGUUUCCGGUGGCUGAAAAGAAGGAAUUGUAUGUCACGCCCAGUCAUUUGCAGGUAUUCCUCCAUCUCGCAUCUCUCAUCUCGCAGAACGAGAGUAGACUGGAAGAAGCUGAUGCGCUGUAUAGAGAGGCCAUCACUCUGAGAUCUGAUUUUACGAAUGCAUACCUCAACAGAGGAGACGUUCUUCUAAAGAUGAACAAAUCGAAAGAAGCCGAGUCCAUGUAUCAUAGAGCUAUACAAUUUGAUGAAUCCAAUCCUGAUCUCCAUUUCAAUUUGGGAAUUGUUUUGAUGGAUCAGGGAAAAAAUACUGAAGCCCUCGAGCAGUUCAAUAAGGCUCUGGACAUUGAACCAGACCACGAGAAAUCUCUAGAGCUCUCUGCUAUACUCAUGCAAGAAUCAAAUAAUCCUCGGCAUAAAUAUUUAGCCAGAGCACGACUGGAGAGAAUCGUUGACAGGGGUAAAGAGACGGAGCGAGUCUACAUCAAUUUAGGAUUGGUGGCCGUAGAAAAUAGAAAUUUCCAAAGUGCUGAGAAAUGGUUCAGGAAAGCUCUUGAGAAGGAUUCCGUUUCGAAAGAGGGUCUCUUCAAUCUGGCUCUGCUUCUGUCCGAGAGUGAGAGGGAAUCCGAAGCCAUCAUCUUUCUUCACAAACUCCUUCAGCAUUAUCCUGGACACGUCAAUGGCCUUCUCUUACUUGCUGAUAUAAAUGUAAAUUAUCUUAGAAAUCUAGAUGCCGCUGAAGAGUGUUACAGAAAAGUGCUGAAGUUAGAUAGCAGCAAUCAAAAAGCGCAACACAAUUUGUGUGUGGUUCACUUUGAGCGGCAGGACUUUAAGAGGGCUGAAAGUUGUUUCGCUCACACACUAUCCGUGCACCCGGACGUUCAGUACAUCCAACAACACUUGGACAUUGUGAGGAACAUUCUGAGCGAAGGUCAAAAGAGUGUUCUCGAACACUUUUCAAACCCUCACUCUAUUAGCUGACCUCUGUGAAGGGGAGGGCAGCGAACGACCAUUACAUGAGCUUGAAAUUAAUUGAUGAAAAAAAAAUUAUGUUACGCUAAGUGCCCGCCUUGGAGCAGAUAAAAGAUGUGUCUGGCACGCUUUAUUGUAUAUGAUUCGAAAAAAAAAAUCAGAAUACCUAAAUUCUUGAAAAUGUUUUUAAAUUAAGAAAAAGAAAAUUC